AUGCCGUUCAUACGCCCCUCGAGGACGGGCGCAGGCGAAAACGCUCCUUAUCGACGGGGGUCGGCGGCUCCGGAGGACUGCGGGUGCCCGGGUAUAAAUACCGGCGGAGUUGCGGCCGUCGACACACUCCGCUUCUGGCGCGCUGUUGCUGCUGACGAGUCCGCCGCUCUCGAAGAAGUGACCGCCAACAUGAAGGCCUGCGUCGCCGUGCUGCUGCUCGCCCUGGUGGCCGUGUGCUCCUGCUACCCCGCCGAGCCGGAGCCCAAGGAGGGCCUGAAGGGCUCCGAGGCCGUCUACCUGGCCGCGCCCUACGCCUCCUACUACGGCACGCCGCUCGCCUACAGCGGCUACCACGUGCCCGCAGUGCCCGCCGUCUACUCCUACCGGCACGCCCUGGCGCCCCUCCCCGCCGUCGCCUACCUACGCUAGCCCUACCCCCCUCUCCCUGCCACUCCUCACUCCCGUGACGUCACCGCGAGCCCGCUUCCACCCCUCGCCUGCUGUGCUCUUGACAUGCUCUCUAGCUGAAUAAAAACAACUGUCAUCUCUCCCAAACAACAAA